UUAUCACCAUUCACCAUAUCUUCCUAUUCAUAUAAAAGCAAAAAUAUAUUGAAGGCAAAUUAAAAUAUAUAAUUUAUAAUUAUAUAUUUACGAUUAUCUUAAUAUUGAUAUAUAUGUAUAUAUUCAUAUACAAAUUAAUAUAUAUAUAAUAUAUAUGGUUUAUUGAAAUAUGAAUAUUUAUUGUGUUGCGUUGCUCUAUAAUAGUAAAAUUAGUUUUAAAAGCUGAACAUUUUAAUAAUUCACCUUCAUAUAAUUAAAUCACGUCCUAAAAGUGAGGAAGAUUCACAGUAACUUUUGAAGAGCCAUCGUUGCCCCGAGAAUAAAACGUACAAAAAAAGUCAAGUGGUGUUAGGAAUAAUUUGAGAAGAUAGAAAAUUAAUUUUGUUGUAGUUUUCCUUUUUUGUUUUAUUUUUUUUUCUAAAUUUAAAAAAAAAAUAAAAAAUGGCACCAAAACAGAGAAUGAGAAUUGCUAAUGAAAGAGCUAGCAAAUAUGUUACAAUGAGGGGAAACGUACCAAAAUCAUCUAAGGCAAAGGAAAAUCAAUACCCUGUUGGACCUUGGCUUUUGGCAUUAUUCAUUUUUGUUGUUUGUGGAUCAGCAAUAUUUCAAAUAAUUCAAUCUAUUAGAAUCGCGUAAAAUUAUAAAUAAAUGUAUGAUUAUAAAUAUUCUUAUAUAUAAGUAUAAAUAUGUUUAUAUAAAUAUAUAUAUUUGAUAACUAAUCUUUUAUAUUUUAUAUAUAAAUAUAUAUGUGUAUUUGUAUGUAUAAAUAUGCAUUUCCGUUUUUUCUUUUUUUUUAUGUAAUGAAAUGUCUAAACUUAAUUUUUGUUUAAUAAAAAUUUUUUAUAAUAAAA